GAUACGCGCGCUCACACACAGGCGCGCACACACACGCACACGCACACACAAGCACACGUACACGCGUACACACGCGCGCGAACACGCGCACACAAACGCACGCACACGCACACACGGGCACAGCGCGCGCACGUCUCCAGCCGCGUCGGAAGUUGUCGGGUUUCGGAGUGUGUUCGGUCCUCCGAGUCGGUCCGCUGUACUGUUCCACUCGCCUCCGAACGCGGAUCGCCGCCGCAGUCGUAAAUUACACUAGCACGUGGCCCCCAGCCCCGUACGACGGACACGUACGACGGUACAUUAACAUUAUUGUUGUCGUAUUAUUAUCGUAAUUUAAUAUUAUUAUUCGGCCGCGACGCGCUUGGUGAUUUUUCGACGUUCGACGUAUUAUUUAUUUUAUUAUAUUAUUAUAAUAAUAAUAAACUAUUCACGUAGGUAUUCCGCGACUAUUUAAAUUUUUUUUUUUUUUUGAUUUUUGUUUUCGAGUGCGUUCAAUUUCGUGUUUUUUCCCGGUUAAUUUUCCCAUCGGUACAGCAGACAUUAUGACGCGGUUUUCGAAUGGCAUGUUGGAGACCUGACGACGGACCAUUGUCAAACAUAAUAUUUGCACACCGCUGCCCGUAAAUAUAUGAUAUAUAUUUAUAUAUCGUCAAAGCACGGUUCGUCGGCCCUCCGGUGAGCUUUGUAAUAACAGACGGGCACAGUGACCGGUCGUCGAAGGUAAACGUCGCAUCGAGGCGUGCAUCGAAGCGCGCGCGCGCGAUCCGAACCGUUUAGAUGAACAUGAGUUCGUAUCAGUUCAUGAACUGCUACCAGCAGAGCCAGCAGGCCCAACAGCAACAGGGCCGAGCGGUCACAUCGCCGGUCGACCCGCUACAGACGGGCAACAGUCCGGGCGGCGGCGGUGCCGCUUCGGCCUCGGCUGCCGACUAUUACGGACAGGCUGCUCAGGGCGGUGGCGGCGGCGGUGGCGUGUACAACGCAGGCCCGGCCGCCGGCUGCUACUCGCCGCAACAGUACGCGUCGCAGUACAUGCAACAGUCGUCGCCGUCCAUGAUCGACUAUACGCAAUUGCACUCGGUCAACCAUCAGCAACAGCACCAACAGCACCAGCAGCACCAGAGGUUGCAGGCGGCCGCGGCUGCUGCGGCCGCUGGCGCCCACCUGCAACACUUGCAGCACCACGGUGGCGGCGGCGGCGUCGGCGGUCUACCGUCGCCUGGAGGCGGUGGCGCCAUAUCGCCCAUAUCGUCCGCGCUCAACAACAACGUCGUCGGCAUGCCGUCCGCGGCCGGCGGCGUCGUCCAGUGCAAGUACGAAGUGACCGCCUCGGCGUCGGCCACGCCGAACGGCAUCAGCUCGCCGCAAGACUUGACCACGUCCGCGGCACCGCCACCCGGGUCCCGGUCACCACCGCCCGCCGUUGUCAUGAAGUCUGUCCGGUCGUCCGGCGGCCCGGUGGCCGGUUCCUCGCCCGCCACACAGGGCCCCGUCUCGCAGACGUCCUCGUCGCCCGCCUCGUCCAUAUCGUCCACGUCGUCCAACGGCGGCGGCGGCGGCAACGGCAACGGGCCCGCGUCUUCGGGCGGCAAACAGGGCUCCGGCCAAAACCCACCGCAGAUCUACCCGUGGAUGAAGAGAGUUCACCUCGGACAGAGUACGGUGAACGCCAACGGCGAGACGAAACGGCAGCGCACGUCUUACACCCGUUACCAGACGCUUGAGCUGGAGAAAGAGUUCCACUUCAACCGGUACCUGACCAGGCGGCGGAGGAUCGAGAUCGCGCACGCGCUGUGCCUGACCGAGCGGCAGAUAAAGAUAUGGUUCCAGAACAGGCGGAUGAAGUGGAAAAAGGAGCACAAGAUGGCCAGCAUGAACAUGGUGCCGUACCACUAUCACAUGGCCGCCCAGCCCUACGGCACCCCGUACCCCUUCACGCACCUCACCACCUGAGAUUCGUAUUAUUAAUUUAACGGUUCCGUUUAAGCGGCGCCGUCGUCGUCGUCGCAUUCGCCGGAUGUCGGUUCAUCCACAUCGACGGCGGGCAACGGCCUCGGCGUCGCUUAUAGCGGCGAGCACGCGAUAGGUAAGACAACCGUUAAAUUAAUAAUACGUAAAAAAUAUUUUGAAAAAUAAAAUUCGCGUAAGACGUGCGAAAACGCGUCACGCGAACGUUACACGACGGGCGGGUAUGCGGGAAAUUCGCGACUCCGCAUAUCGACCGUCAUGACACUGUAACUAUAAUAUAUGUGUGUAAAAAGUGUACAAUAUCGAUAUUAAAAAAAAAGUAAUAUAUAUAUAAUAUAUUAUAAUUAUGUAUUUAUAUAUUUAUAUUUUAUAGGUGAAUACUAUUUUAUUUCAUUUCAUAUUGCGAUUUGUAUUCAAUUUGAUCGCUUGGACAUCAUAAUUUAAAUAAUAUUAUGUUGUAUCGUGUAAUACUAUUGUGUAAAUGUGUUUUUAAAUAAUAAUAUAAUAAAAUGUAAUGGAAGCACGUCGUAUUAAAAAAACAAAAAAUCAAAAAAAAAACCUUUCUCUCGACACCUUUCGUUCGAUUUCGUGUUAUAUCAUACCAUUUUUUGUUAUAUAUUGUGACAAUAAAUUACACACCCAUUGCAAGACCGAUUUUAAAUGUGGGCAAUCGUAAAAUCUUCGGUUCGUAUAUAAUAUGCGUGAUACGGACACCCUAUCUUAAUAGUACACCCAAUUGCUAUAUACUGUUUCCGGACGGUGUGAACGUAAAGAUUUGAGUGUUGUGUACCCGAGCACGAAAACAGAAAAAUAAACAACCUAGAAGACUAUAUUUUAAUACUCGGCAGAAUAUAAUGUAUAGAUAACACCCGCGGUUCGUGUGCCGCUGUGUAGGCGAGAAUUAACAUUUAGGACUAUAAUCGGAGGUACCUAUCAAUUAUUAUUCGUUACGUACAUCGUAGCAAUAACUAUUUGUGCAAUAGAGAGACGAUGAUGCGCGAAAAUAAAAAAAAUAUGAUAAGAAAGGAGGAGACAAUUGCGCGGGAUCGAUCGGAUGUGUAAAACUUUAUUAGUACCUAUACGUAUCGCACAUUAUACGGCGCGCACAAAUAACUACUUAUUAUAAUAAUAUUAUGUGUCCGGUGUAUAUCGUACAUUUUUACUAUUUUGAGCGAUAACUAUUUUGAGCGCGCCCGAUUGAUUUCGACGGUUUUCGUCAAUGACAUUGAUCGCAUUAUUCGUAUAGAUCGAUUAUUUCACAAGUGUAUUAUUAUAAUAAUAAGUACCAUUGUUGUUUCAUGCCGUUAAUACGCCGUCGCACUGUCGCAUACACAUAGGAGGCACACAUAAUUCUCACGUCAUAACAAACCGGAAAAUAUUAAUAUUUUCAAAUAAUUUGAAGUGGGUUUCUUGUCAACGAACCUCCGCGAUCUCCAAAAAAUCGAUAAAUCGACAGCGAGCGACUUUCUCACCUAUUCGACUUCCGCUAUCACACUUUAAUUUUUAGCCAUCGAUCCCGACGAGGACCGGAAGACCGGAGGAGCGUAUGGGGGGGGGGGGGGGGUAGGGUUGGAUAGAAUCCGCACUCAUAAAAUGUUACACGCUUUUAGGCAGAGUUUUAUCGGAAACGAACUCAUCGGCAGUACUAUAAUAUUAUAAAAUUAUAAUGAAACCUAUUUAUGUACGCAAUAUUACAUAAAAAUACAAUAUUUCAUUGUAUUUUACUAUUGCACUCAAACCGGUUUUCACGAAAUUAAGAAAAAAAUGUACAAUGUAAUUUUAAAAUCGUUAUAAUAAUAUAUCAUAUUAUAUUAUAUUAUUUAUACGUCGUCGCACACGUACAACUAUCGUGUUGAUAUUAUUAGUAUUUUUACUAUAUUAUACGGUUUUAUUGUAAAUUAUUCAUCAUAUUAUAUGAAACAACAAAAUGUAAAUAUUCUAUAUAUAAUAUAUAUACAUAUACUUAAAUAGUAUAAAAAGGUAUAAAAUAUAUUAUAAAUUACGCUGUAACUAUUUUCUGUAAAUGUGUUAACCCAGAGUCUGUGAUUUUUCUUUAUUUUAUUAUUAUUAUUAUUAUUAUUAUUAUUAUUAUUAUAUUAUUAUCAUUAUUAUGUUUUAGUUUCUAAGAACAAGAUAUUUAAACAUUAAAAUACCUAGUUGUUUUUUUAUGAUUUGUUUUCUUAUUUUAUUGUUCUUUCUUUAAUUAUUUUAUUCUCCUAUAUUUUUUUUUAAAUCAUGAACAGUUUCCAGGCUUUUUUUUGAUUUUUUGCUAUGUCGAUGACGAUAUUUUGUUUCAAAACUAUUUAACUAUUAUAAAAGUGCAAUAUUUAUUGUUUGAUUUUUGUUGUAAAAAGAAAAAAAAAUGUAAACUAGAUGUAGAAAGACGAUUCUAUCAUAGCGUAUACUGUAUAGAAAAUAAAAAUAUUAAUAUAUUAAUUUAUAAUUAUUAGUCUUGUCAUGUUGCUGUCACUCAUGAUAUAUUUUUUUUGUCUCGAAUCAUUAGAGUAUCGAUCGAGAGCAUAAAUAAAUUAUUAUAAUCAAAACAAUAAAUUAUAUGUUUCAAUGAUAAUAAUUUGUACAUAGUAAUAUACAUUAAAUUUUAAACGCGUAUAGUUUAUCUACAAGGUUUAUUAUAUAAUACGAUUAUAUACAAAUAUUUUCACAGUUUUACACACGAAUAAUAAUAUUAUAACAUAAUAUUAUACCGUGAAGAAGAAACCUGCAAGAAUUUUUUUUUUAAUUACUAUAAUAUUUAAUAUUAUAAUAUGAAUAUAUAUAUACAUAUAUAAUAAAUUAAUAUAUUAUAUACUAUAUAAAAAAUUAUAUGCCUGUUUUAAUUUUUAAUUUUUUUUUCCAUUGUAAAUAGAUAAUAUUAUGUUAAAAGAUGUUACGGUGUGUUUUGA